AUGUUUCUCAAAAGCGCCUUGGUGGCUACGGCCGCCUUUACUUCCUCGGCUCUAGCGGCCUUUGGCGUCACCACUUCUGGCAGCAACAUCGUCGUUGACGCAGGAUCGUCCAACGCGCUGGUCUUCACUGUCAACAGUGGCUCAUGCGACAUCACAUCGAUCAAGUACCGUGGCGAGGAGUUCCAAUACGCAUCGAAGGGAUCGCAUAUCUCUUCUGGACUUGGAACAGCGACUGUCAAGUCUGAAAUCGUCAGCAGCCAGUAUGUGAAAAUUACCUGCACAACAUCCACCUUGACACAAUACAUGGUUGUCAAGAGUGGCGAGUCGACCAUAUACAUGGCAACGUACACUACCGCGGAGCCUGACAUUGGCGAGUUGCGCUUCAUUGCUCGUCUCAAUCCCACAACGCUGCCUUCGGAGUAUCCCUUCGGCGUAGUCUCAACGACUGCCGGCUCGAGCUCUGCAGUCGAGGGCUCAGAUGUCUAUAAUGUGGGCUCAGAAACACGAUCCAAGUUCUACAGCAGCGAACGCUUCAUCGAUGAUACCAGGCAAUGUGUCUACAGAGGUGAAGACGUCCACGUCUGCAUGCUGCUCAACGACUACUCCUACGAGGCCUCUUCCGGCGGCCCAUUCCACCGCGACAUCAACUCGAACAAUGCCGGUGACUCAACCAAUCUCUACUUCUACAUGAACUCUGGUCAUGUGCAGACCGAGUCUUUCCGACAGGGGCUACACGGGCCAUAUGCGAUGGCUUUCACCCGCUCAGGCAUUCCAUCGGGCGGUUCCUCCCUGGAUACAACCUUCUUCAAGGACCUCUCUAUCACCGGAUACGUAGCACCCUCCGCUCGUGGAACAGUGACAGGAACAGCCACUGGCGCCGCAUCCAGCAUGCAAAAGGUCCUACACUGGUACAACAGUGCCGCACAAUACUGGGUAUACGCGGAUAGCACUGGAAAGUUCACGUCGCCAGCUAUGAAGCCCGGAACAUACACCCAGGUUUUCUACCAAGACGAGUACCAACUCAAAGCCCAAAGUGUCACCGUUAAAGCUGGCUCAGCAACAACAGCAAACAUCGUUGCCGACUCACAGACUCGCGACACUAUUUGGACAAUUGGAGAGUGGGACGGGCAGCCUACAGGAUUCCGCAACGCCGACAAGCAGCUUCGUAUGCAUCCCUCAGACUCGCGAAUGUCGAGCUGGGGCCCCCUGACCUACACUGUUGGCACGAGCACCCUCGACAGCGUGCCCAUGGCUAUCUGGAAGGACCUCAACCCCCUGACAAUCAAGUUCACCGGCACAUACACCGGCGCGGCAACUCUCCGUGUAGGAACCACGCUCUCCUUCGCUGGCUGCAGACCGGCCGUCGUCGUCAACUCCUACAGUACGACGACGCCAGCUGCACCGACCAAGAUCGACUCACGUGGUGUGACGCGCGGUGCUUACAGAGGUUUUGGAGAAAUCUACACCUACGCCAUCCCCUCUGGUACGCUAGUCAGCGGUAGUAACACCAUCACCGUCAGCUGCGCGAGUGGAAGCUCUGGAGACACCUACCUUGCACCCAACAUCAUCUUGGAUGCUAUAGAGCUGUACAAGUAGGCGAGCCCUGUGGAUUGGAUGACGAAGCUUGUCCAUGACUGGGUCGCAUGGUGCACUCUCUUACUC